CAUACUCAUACGUUUUGUUUCAGCAACCCAAAACCAAGCACCCACAACACAAAACAAACUCCACCCUUUCUCUCUCCCUCUAUACACACAAACCAUCUCUCUUUCCCUUUGUUCCUCCGCUCGGAUAAAACCCUCGUUUUUUCCUCUUCUUCUUAUUCUUUUCUCUCCAUAACCACGGCCGAAACAAAGUCUAACACCUAAAAAUCUCUCUCGCUCUCUCAAGAAUUGCCCUAAAAACUUCAAUUGUCUGUCUUUCUGUGUGAGUUUCGUUAUCCCCCGUUGUUCUCUUGGUAAGAGUUUUUUUUUUCUCCUCUUCGGAUUAUCUGAAAACCAGAGAUAACUAUAACAGAUAUUGGGAAAAUACUGAAAGAACGGUUAGGGUUUGAGUAGUGGAUCCUGGGGUUACGGUUGCCGCCCCUAAACAAAAACGUUUUUUGGGAGGUAGGGUUAGUUAUUAUUACUUCUAUUUUUCCCCCUUACUGUCUCUAAUAAUCAAACCCUAGUCAGUUGGAGGUUUCCAGAGGUUUUUAUUUUUUCUGAUUCGAUUGAUUUUUUUUAGGGUUUUUGUGAUUCUUGGGAUUCUUGGUUGGGUUUGUAAUUGUGUUUUUCAGAAGCCGAAUAGACAAUAGGUUCUGAUAUUUCAGCUGAGUUUAUUCGUAUAGAAGAUGAGGGUCUGGUGAGGGUUUUUUGUUUGCUGAAUAGCUGAAUGCUAAUCGGCGUAAUUCAUAAAGAUGGAGAUAUAAGAGUAGCAGCAGCCUAAGAAUUACCCUAGUGUUUUUUGGGUUGGGAAUUGAUUUUGAAUUGACAUCAGUAGUUAGUGAGUGUUGAGGAUUCUUGACUUUUCUUGGGAACUUCAAGGAUUUUUUUUCACUUGGGAAAUAAGAAACAAUAAUUUGGUAUGAAAUAGACUUAGUUCCGAACAAUUUUAUUGAGAAAGUGUGAAAGGGGUGAAUCGUAUUGGUAUUCUUAGUUUCAUUGGUUCUCUGAUCAUGUUCAAUAUUCGUUAUGGAAAAAAGUGAACCUGCAUUAGCUCCAGAAUGGUUAAAGGGUACUGGAAAUAUAUCUGGGGGUGGCAAUACAAGUCACCAUCCCGGGUCGUCUUUGUCACAUUCAGAUGAUCAUGCUAGUAUAUUAUCCUCGAGAAAUAGAUCAUCUUUCAGCAUUGGUGAUUAUGAUAGUCCUCGUCAUUCAGAGCGAAAUUUGUCCUCUCAUUUCCGUAGGAGUAUAAGCAGUAAUGGUUCAAGUUUGCAUGGGAAAGACUCAUCCUCAUUUCCACGGUCCUAUAGUAGUUUUAAGAGUCCCCGAGACAAGGAUUAUGAUAAGGACUUCCUGGAUUUUCAUGACAGGGAGAGAUCUAGCUUAGCGGACCACAGGAUUCGUGACUAUUCUGAUCCAAUGGGUAUAUCUCAUACUUUGUUGUCUAGUAGGAUUGAAAAGGACACAUUAAGACGUUCUCAGUCCAUGAUAUCAGGAAAGCGAGGUGAAGUGUGGCCAAAAAAGGUGACUGCAGUCUUGAACAAUAGCAAAACCAACAGUCAUAUCAUUAGUAAUGGUGUUAAUGUUGGUGGAACUACUGUCCUUAACAACAUCCACAAGACCACAUUCGAUAGAGAUUUUCCGUCUCUUGGAGCUGAAGAAAGACAAGGAGUUCCUGAAAUAGGAAGAGUCUCUUCUCCUGGCUUGGGAAGUGCGGCGCAAAGUUUGGCAAUGGGUACUUCGGCGGUGCUUACUGAUUGUUGGACCUCGGCUUUGGUGGAGCCACCCCCGACAGUUGGAAGUAAUAAUAUAGUUCUCAGCUCUGCUCAACAAUCUUCGACAGUGAAUUUGUCUAUCCAAGCUCCUACUAGCUUAUCCACUCCCCGUAAUAUGGCUGAAACAGUGGCACAAGCCCCUCCCAGAGCUCGUGCUGCUCCUCAGUUGUCUGUGGAGACUCAAAGACUUGAGGAAUUGGCUAUCAAACAAUCUAGGCAAUUAAUACCGGUGACACCUUCUAUGCCUAAAGCUUUGGUUCUUAACUCAGAGAAACAGAAACCUAAGGCAACAGGUAGAAUCGAAUUGACUAUGGCUAACAAGAUUGGACAACAGCAGCAGCUAGCAUCCAACCAUCAUGUCCACGCCCCAUUACAAGCAGGACCGACCAGACCUGAUGCCGCAAAAACUUCUUUUCUUGUUCUCAAGCCAACACGAGAGAAGAAUGGGAUCUCACCUACCACCAAAGAAGGAUCAAGUCCAACUAAUGCCAACAGAGUUGUUGCAAAUAAUCCUCUUGUUGCUGCUCCUCCAUCUGCCCCUUCAGCGCCGAACAAUCCUAAACUUGCUUCUUCUGCUCAGCGUAAAGCUUCUCCUCAGUGGUCUCACUUAGAUAAGAGAAUCACAUCUCAAGCCCGGAGCCGAAAUGAUUUUUUCAAUCUCAUCAAGAAGCAAACAACUGCAAACUCAUCUUCCACCACCCCUAAUCCAGACCCUAUUGUGUCGUCUUCUCCGCAGAAGUCCGAGGAACUGCUGAUCACUGAGAGUGGUGCUGCUGUUGCUAGUCCUCAGGGUGGUAAUCAUGCCAUCCAUCUACCAGAUGCCAACGGUCUCAAGUGGGCAGCUACUGAGAAUGGUGGAGAUGAUACGAGGAUCAAUGGAAAUGUCUGUCGUGAAGAAACUAAUCAGGGGUAUGCUGACAAUGGAGGAGUUGAGAAGCCCUCAAGCCUUGAUGCAUUUGUUUAUGCAGAUGACAAAGAGGUUGCAUUUCUUCGCUCACUUGGCUGGGAUGAAAAUGCAGUAGAAGAGGGUCUUACGGCAGAAGAAAUCAAUAGUUUCUAUGAGACUGUGCAGUGCAAGGAAUUGACGCCAUCUUUGAAACUAAGCCGGCUUCAGUUAGUUCUUGGGCCGCAAGAGAGAAGUGCUUCUUUUGGAUCGAGCUCAUGUGACUCAGAGUAGGAAGACUGAUUUGCCAUCUCCUGACAAUUCUGGAAAAAUGCCCACAUUUUGAUGGCAGAGGAGGAUUCUUUUCUUUUCAUUUUUGUUCCAAAUUAUUCAUUGAUAUUUGAGAUGGAAGGCCGAGAAGUUAGCGAAAAGAAGAGGGGUGGAUAGUGGGUUACUUCUUAGGUUCUUUGGUGUUCAGACGUGAUGUGGUGCUGCCAAAAUUUAGGUUUACUCUUUUAAGUUUCAAGGGUUAUAAAAACAAAACAAAGUGAGGGAUAGCUAUAGGGGCCAUUUUAAUCUGCCAAGUUUGAAGCCUGAGAUGAAAAAAAAAUGGCAGUUUGGGGAUAUGUCUUCAUUUACUGUCUUUGUUCUUGUCUUUUUCUUUUUACAUUUUCUUUUUUGGGGAAAGGGCAGAAUUUAUUGAGGAGAUAAAAAGCUUACUGCUGUCUUAUAGUCAUAUUCUGAGAAAAAGUGCAUAGUGUUCUUUUUUUCCUCGAGUUUCAUUUGGGUAUGCUGAAAUGAAUUCAACCUCUCAAAAUCAAUAUAGCAAAAAAAAAAAUUAAUUCCUAA